GUCAGUCAAGUCAAGUGGUGUGAAAUUGUGAAUUGUGAUGUUUUUUUUUGUAAUGGGUGGAGUAAAAAUAUAAUUUUACGUUUAUUUAUUUUUGUAUUCUAAAUGUACCGAUACUGACCGCAUCGAUAAUCAUUUAUUGUGCAGUGUUAUAAUUAAAUUCAAGACGAAAGUUUAAGAAAGCUCCAAAAUGGCAGAGUUAGCCGCGUUGCUACAAACGGACAUACCCGAGGGCCGUAAUCACCUCACCGACAGUCAUACAAACCUCGAAAGAGUGGCGGAGUACUGCGAAGCGAAUUACUUCCAAUCCGAAAACAAACGUCUCGCUCUAGAAAGUACUAAGAACUACACCACACAAUCUCUGGCUAGUGUUGCUUACCAAAUCAACACGCUCGCAUACAACUUCCUUCAAUUAUUGGAGCUCCAGACUAUGCAGUUGGCCGAAAUGGAAGGCCAGAUGAAUCAUAUCGCUCAAACAGUAUCCAUUCACAAGGAGAAAGUGGCCAGAAGGGAGAUUGGUGUGUUAACUGCCAACAAGGUCACUAAUAGACAAUAUAAAAUCAUAGCGCCGGCUAAUCCUGAGAAGCCUAUAAAAUAUGUUAGAAAGAGCAUUGAUUACUCGGCCUUAGAUGACAUUGGCCAUGGUGCUCGCUGGAACAGCGGCAGCACAGGCACGCCGCGCGGUCGCCGCUCGGGCUCCGCCCCGGGCGCAGCGCCCCUGCCAGCGCCCACCACCAAGCCGCCCACACCACCCGCGGUGGUGAGAUCCUCAUCAUCUGCAGCAAACACUGGCACUCUUGGACGGGGCACCCUUGGCAAGUCGUCGCGCGAGUACCGCACGCCGCCGGCCGUGGCGCCGCCGCAGGUGCCGUCGCACUACGCGCCCAACUACCCGCGCCGCCCGCCCGGCUACUCCACGCUGCCGGUCGCUCAACCGCAGGUUGGAAUGGUGCAUCCGAAUCAGCAUCAGUCCCCAUCCAACUAUUCUCAACAAGAUCUGCAUUCCAGUAUGCCACCCCCACCUUCACCAUUGAUUGGAUCAGAUGGAGAACACAGCCAGCAUUCUAUGAGCCUGCCGGGGCAUCGCGCGUCGUCUUCAUCGGCAGGUGGUUCAGGGGGCUCCGGUGGAGGCUCGGGCGGAGGCUCCGCACGCGGGGGCUCCGUGUCGCCACCGCUGCCGCCGCCGCCGCUCGACGACGAGCUCGCAGAGUCCUUCGGACGACACCACAUGCAGCUGUUCCAGGGUAAGCUGGGCGGGCAGUACACCAACGCAGUCCCUGCCAUUGUGCCCGAUGAAGAGGACCUGCCCGGAUGGGUGCCCAAGAAUUACAUUGAGAAAGUGGUGGCGAUAUACGACUACUACGCGGACAAGGAGGACGAGCUGUCGUUCCAGGAGAGCGCCGUCAUCUACGUGCUGAAGAAGAACGACGACGGCUGGUGGGAGGGCGUCAUGGACGGCGUCACCGGCCUCUUCCCCGGGAACUACGUCGAGCCGUGCGUCUGAGCGCGCUGGUGAAUACUAGCAGGCGCCACUAUGCGCAAGUUCAUUAUGAACAGUGAAUAUUAACAGGCGCCACUUUUCGCAAGUUCAUUAUGAACAGUGAAUAAAAGCAUGCGCCACUUUGCGCAAGUACAUUAUGAACAUUGAAUACUAACAGACGCCAUAUUGUGCAAGUUCAAUGUGAAAUUUAAUACUAGCAGGCGCCAUAUUGCGCGUGUUCAUUGUGAAUUUUAAUACUAGCAGGCGCCACUUUACGAAAGCUCAUUAUGAUUAUUUAUGAUUAUUGACUAUCAGGCGCACUUUGCGCAAUUUAAUUUUGAAAAUUGUAUACUUACAGGCGCCACUUUGAGCAAGUUCAUUAUGAACAUUUAAUAACGAUAAGCGCCACAUUGCGCAAGUUCAUUAUGAAAUUGUAAUAUACACAGGCUCCACUUUAUUAUAAAAUUUAAAUACAAGCAGGCGCCACUUUGCGCAAGUUCAUUAUGAAUAAAGAUUAAUUAAUUUGUAUUGCUACCGCAUUCGAGUAAAAAAAGGAUUACUAUUAUUCUUUAUAUAUAGUAAAAGCCUAUUAUUAUAGGAUUUUACUAUUUAUUCUUUAUUAUGCUAUAAGUAUAACUAUAAAUCUUGAAUCACUCGUAUUCGUACUCGUGGCGUAGUUUAAUUUACAAGAUUAUGUUAAUAUUUCGAUUAGGAAACCGAAUGUAUAUUUCGUUUAUAGGUAGGAAUAGAACUAAAAAAAACUACUCGCUUUAGAGUUCUAAUAUAAUAGAAGUUUGUAUUACUUUGAGUAAAAUGUACUAUGAAUAACAGAUUAUUUUUACUAUUUUCCGGAAAAACCUGACGUGGCACUAUAAAUUCGUCGAAUUUCGUAGAUUUUUAAGGAAAAAUAGCAAAAUGUUGCUAUUCAUUAAUUAGAAUUUUAAAAUAUCAAUAUACGAAAGUUACGAUAGUGACAAAAUAAUAGUAUCUAAGCACGCAUUUUUUUACAUAUUUUAUCAUAAUGAAAAUGUAGGAUAGUGUUUAUUUGCAGGCUUGUUUUAUAGCA